AUGAUGUCUGAUUCAGAUAUCUGCAAAUUUAAAGUUGCGGGGCUCGUCGAAAUCGAGCUUAAAAAGCCGUAUAAUCGCGAUGGAAACAUAAGAAAAAGUCACGCUCUUUGCAUCGAUGGUCUCACAACGCCACACAAGCCUCUAUUGAUGUUAAGUGAAAAGUACAUCGCAUCUCACCCCCCUGGCCGCAAAGAACUCUACGAUCGACCUAUCAGACAUCUACAAAUGGAAGCUUAUAGCACACUUCUGCGAUAUAACGAUGAAAAGCCGCUUAGCACUUACCAUAGAGCCACCAUCCACAUAAAUUUGGCUCGUUGCUUCGAGGAUUGUCUCGACGAGAAAAGUGGCAGCCAGGAUAACAUACUCAAUCUCAUCAAAUACCACUUCGAAUGUGCACAUGGCUGGGCAACGGCAGUAAUCGAUCAACGACAACUCGAUGUCACAAGUGAGGAGUGUGUGCCAUUCAAUGAUAUCAUCAAUGCGGCCAACGACAUCAAGGAUUCCUUGUAUGCUCGAAAGCUUUACAUGGAUGCCCUCGAUGAAGAUAAUAUGGUAGAUGUCGCCUCUGGAUUGAGAAACCCAACAUUGCCUCUCGAAGUUGUUGAUGACAAUGUCUCGGAACACAACCAGAAUUCUGAGGCACCAGACUCACAGUCUUCUGAACAAGUUGCAGAUAUUGGUGCACAAGAUGACCUGGAUGGAAGUGAUACAUCGACAGUGCGAGGCACUGAUGACACAGUCAACAACUUUGACAGUGACUUCGAUGAGCUUGGAUACGAAGAUAUCAUUGCAAAGGCAAGGCAAAACCCAACCAUCGCAGUGGAACCUGCUCCAAUCGAUGUUACGGAUGUCAGAAUGAUGUAUGGUUUUAUGCACUUCUUGGUACAUGAUAAGCUAGGCAUUUGCAACUUGAUGAACGGUUAUCUUGACAGAAUGGACGCUGCCCUCGAGCUUGGCGAGCCUGAAACCAAGAUAAUCAGAGAUGCGAUGACGGCAUUGAAUGUUCGAGAUAACGGCAAUGGUCUCGCAGUUCCACCAAGCUCAUCACCAAGCACACCCUCGGCACCAUUCUUUCCCAUUGCUUCUACCUUACCUAUCCGCACACGCUCGAACAAUACCGAACGCGAGUCUCGAAAGAAGAGAAAGUUCGCUGACGACGAUGAAGAAGAUGAGAUGCUUUGA